CUACCUCUGCUUCUGCAGAGCUAUGGUUUACCAAUGACCACGUUCACCUACUCACCGAGUCAACUUAUUUCCCUUCUUAAACCUCUAGAUCUCUUGGAACCUAUAGAAACACAUUUUUUACUUGUAUCAUACAAAAGUGGAAACGACCACAACUCAUGAACUCACAACAUCGCUAUAAGCAAUGUUAAAGCCCCUUCUCAGAAACCCACCUUCGUUUCACCUGAAAAGAUUCCAUUUGCUUCUCUUCUUUGCAUCAAAAUCCAAUUUUUAUUCAACCGGAGAUAAAUCCCCGCACUUGGUUACUAGAGUCUGCGAAAUUUUAUGUGAUCUUCAAUGGAAAAAAAACCCGGAACUCACUCACUUGAUUCCCAAGCUGAGACCCUACCACGUCUCCAAAAUCAUUGACACGCACAAGAACGCAGACUCAGUUUUGCAGUUCUUUUAUUGGGUCUCAAAGAGGCCAUUUUACAAACGUGAUAUGAGCUGUUUUAUUUCCAUGUUGAAUAGGCUUGUUCGUGACCGAAACUUAGCUCCUGCUGACCAUGUGAGGAUACUGAUGAUUAAAGCGUGUAGGAAUGAGGAGGAGCUUAAAAGGGUAAUUGAGUUUUUGAAUGAGUUGAAUGAAAAUUCUGGUUUCGGGUUUACUUUGUAUGGUUUUAAUACUCUUUUGAUUCAAUUGAGCAAGUUCCAUAUGGUUGGGUUAGCUCAAAAUGUGUAUACCCAGAUGUUGAAUAAUGGGAUUAGGCCUAGUUUAUUGACAUUUAAUACUAUGAUUAAUAUGUUCUGUAAUAAAGGGAAGGUUAAGGAAGCUGAGUUGAUUUUUAGUAAGAUAUUUCAAUAUGAUAUGUGCCCGGACACAUUUACAUAUACUUCGCUGAUUUUAGGUCAUUGUAGGAAUCAUAAUUUGGAUAAAGCAUUUGAGGUGUUUGAUAGAAUGGUGAAGGAGGGUUGUUAUCCUAAUUCAGUUACAUAUACAAAUUUGAUUAAUGGAUUGUGCAAUGAGGGCAGAAUUGAUGAGGGGCUUGACAUGCUCGAAGAAAUGAUUGAGAAGGGGAUUGAACCAACUGUCUAUACUUACACUGUUCCAAUUUCUUCAUUGUGUGAGGUUGGGCGCAUGAGUGAGGCAAUUGAGCUUUUGAGGAGAAUGAAAAAGAGGGGUUGUAAUCCAAAUGUGCAAACAUAUACGGCAUUGAUUACUGCAUUGGCUCGAGUGAAGAAUCUUGAAGUGGCAGUCGGGUUGUACCACAAAAUGGUGAAGGAUGGUUUGGUCCCUAAUACAGUUACCUACAAUGCAUUAAUAAACGAAUUGUGUGAGGCUCAAAGGUUUGACAAUGCUCUGAAGAUUUUUUAUUGGAUCGAGGGACAUCAUAAGUUGCUGAAUACCAAUACGUAUAAUGAAAUUAUUAAAGGAAUGUGCUCUUUGGGUGACAUGGACAGGGCAAUGGUUCUUUUCAAUAAAAUGAUAAAAGCUGGUCCUUCUCCAACUGUGGUUACGUAUAACACUCUCAUUGGUGGAUACCUCAAAAAGGGGAAUCUAAACAAUGCUAUGAGAUUACAGGACAUGAUGAAGGAGAGUGGAUGUGAACCAGAUGAGUGGACUUAUUCUGAACUAAUUUCAGGGUUUUGCAAAGGUGGUAAGCUGGAUACGGCAUCAGGUCUCUUCUGUGAAAUGUUGGAACGGGGUUUAAGUCCGAAUCAUGUAAAUUAUACUGCUCUGAUUGAUGGUUACUGUAAGAAGGGGGAGAUUGACGUUGCCUUGUCAUUAUUUGAGAGGAUGGAGAAGAACAAUUGCUGUCCAAAGAUUGAAACUUAUAAUGCCAUUAUAAAUGGUUUGUCCAAAGGGAACCAGCUUUCUGAGGCAGAGAAAUUAUGUAGUAAGAUGGCAGAGAAAGGAUUGCUGCCAAAUGUCAUUACCUAUACAUCUUUGAUUGAUGGACUUUGUCGAAAUGGUGGAUCCAGCCUUGCAUUUAAGAUUUUCGAUGAAAUGGAGAGGAGAAACUGUGUUCCAAAUGUAUACACGUAUACUUCACUUAUUUAUGGCUUAUGUCAAGAGGGCAAGCCUGAUGAAGCAGAGAAAUUACUUGAAGAAAUGCAGGGUAAAGGAUUGGCUCCUGAUCAUGUCACUUAUACCUCACUAAUUGAUGGUUUUGUUAUGCUUGGGAGGCUUGAUCAUGCAUUCCUUCUUCUUCAGCAGAUGGUUGAUAUGGGGUGCAAACCGAACUACCGAACGUAUGGUGUGUUGUUGAAGGGGCUGCAUAAAGAAUCCCGAUUGCUCACUGAAAAGGUUGUGGCCCAAAAUGAUGCUGUUUAUAGUUGCAGCCCAUACGAGAAAGUUACUAAUCUUGACUCGAUUUGUACUCUCUUAUCUAGAUUGUCAGAGAAUGGAUGUGAACCAACAAUUGAUACUUACAGUACUUUAGUUCAUGGCCUGUGUAGAGAAGGCAGAUCUUAUGUGGCAGAUCAGUUGGUGGAAACUAUGAAAGAGAAAGGCUUGUGUCCAAACAAAGAGAUCUUUUGCUCUCUAUUAGUUGCUCAUUGUAGAAAUUUAGAAGUAGACCUUGCUUUGAAAAUUUUUAACUUGAUGACGAUCAGUGGCAUGGAGCCUCGCUUAUCAGUUUAUGCAGCACUUAUUUCUGCUCUCUGCAGGACUAGUCGCUCAAAAGAAGCACAGAAUCUUCUGGAGAGCAUGCUUGAGAAACAAUGGAAUACUGAUGAGAUUGUAUGGACAGUCUUGGUUGAUGGGUUAAUAAAGGAAGGGCUGCCAGAUCUCUGCCUGAAGUUUCUGCACAUUUUGGAAUCUAGAAAUUGCAGUAUCAAUUCACAGACAUAUGCAGUAUUGGCCCGUGAAUUGUCCAAAGUAGACAAAUCAAUUGAAACUGAUCAUCUUGUUAAGCGGAUUAAUUAGAGCUUCUGUUCAUCAUCACCAGGAAACUCAGUAUGGUAUUGUUUCCCAGACAAAGAAGGGUGUAUCGGUAAAGUACGCCUUAGAUAUAAUCUGACCAAGAUGUCAAAUUUUCUGCUGGCAAGGUGUAAAUAAGUUUUGCAGCUGUCAUUACUUUAUUGCUCCAUCAUCCAGAACUGAAGAUGUUAUGCUUGUCUUUCCCAAAUCUGAGAUUGGGGUGUUACAUAAAGACAUGAGGAUGGGGAAGCUUUUAAGGAACAACUUGAAGCCCAUAAUAUUCAGGAUACGUAUUGAUGUAGCCAAGGGUAUCUCUCAGUUUUUCUUAGGACAGUUAUAGAAGGAUAUUAAGGUACACACAAUAUGACACCAAAAUAAAUCAUAUUUUGUGUUUGUAUACCUCAUAGAAAUUCAUUC